AUGUGCCGCUACCGGAAAAAACUACACACAUGCACGCACCUCUCAGACCGCCCGUACAUCGAGCUGUGCCGCCCAGGCUUCACCACCAACACCGUGUGCGCCAGCAUAAGCACCUCUGAGCCGCGGCGCUCGCACUUCCCCUGCUGGCAGUGCAUCAAGACGAUGGCGCGCGCCGAAGCGCUCGAGGCGCUCGAAGCCGCCGAGAGACGCGUGGCGGCUGCCGACCAGGCGGCGCGGCUGAAGGUGGAGAUGGAGAAGCGGGAGCGGGUUAGGCGCGAGGCGAGGGAGAGGGCGGAGCACGAGAGGGCCGUGGAGGGGGAGAGGAGGGGCGAGCGCGAGAGGGAGGUUGAGAGGGUUAGGAGGGAGGGGGCGGCGUGGGUUGUUGCUGAGGCUGGGAGGGGGGGGAGGAAGAAGGGGAGGGGUGGGGCUGUGGGGAGUCCCGGGGCUGCGUUUGGGGUAGUGAAGAAGGAGGUGGAGGUGGCGAGGGAGGGGGCAAAGGAGGGCGUGAAGACGGGCUUGAAGGAGAAUGGGAAGGUGGGCUGGAAGGAGGAGAAGAGCGAGGUGGGUGGGAGAGCGGGGGUGUGGGGUCCUAAGAAGAUCCUCAGCAGGAAGGAGGGCGCUGCUGGUGUGCUGGGCAUUCGGGCUGAUGCAGUCGACAAGAACGGGAAGAAGUGA